AAGGGCAUAUUAGGUAUUUUACAAUUAAUUUGUUGUUAUCAGUUCACAACUUCACAUAACCCUAGCCGCCAGUUCCAAUUUCACGAUCUAUUCCCUCGCACCUCUUCACCGAUCCAAAAAAAAAUUCAUCGUACUCUUCAUCUCUUCUUCACCUUCAUCGUCUCUUCAAAGCUUCAUCAAAACUUCAUCUCUUCUUCACCUCUUCAAAGCUUCAUCGUACUCUUCAUCUCUUCAAAGCUUCAAAGCUUCAUCUGUUUCUUCUCCAAGAUCUGUUUCUUCUCCACAACUUCACCUCAUCAAAGCUUCACACCAAGUUCUUGUAUUGGUCUCAACAAUGAUCUUGGGAGCAUGCACAGGGCUAUCAUGUUACCUUGCAGUAGCAUCAGCUAAGCCUAACCCUAUCAAGUCCAAUGGCUCCUCUGCAAUCAGACACGAUUUAUGCUGUCCAAUCGGCGGUUACAGCGGCGUAUUAUCAAUGUCGAUGUCGAAGAGGGGCAAGAACACUGUGGUUGCUGGAGCAGGGGGCGCAAGUCUCACGUACAGGGGCGCCGGCGUUGAUAUCGACGCAGGUUCUGAACUCGUUCGAAGAAUAGCGAAGAUGGCGCCUGGGAUUGGAGGCUUUGGCGGUUUUUUACCUUUAGAUGAUGGUUCGUACCUUGUUGCCAGUAUGGAUGGUGUUGGAACGAAGCUGAUGCUUGCCCUCGAAACUGGCAUUCUUGACACAAUUGGGAUUGAUCUGGUUGCGAUGAGUGUCAACGAUGUUGUUACUUCGGGGACAAAACCUUUGGGUUUCCUUGAUUACUAUUCUACUGGCCACCUUGAUGUGGAUGUUGCUGAGAAGGUUAUCAAAGGCAUUGUUGAUGGCUGUAAGCAAUCUGGCUGUAAGCAAUCUGAUUGUGCUCUUUUAGGAGGAGAGACUGCAGAGAUGCCUGGUCUCUACAGAGAAGGUGACUUUGAUCUAUGUGGCUGUGCUGUUGGCAUUGCGAAGAAAGAUUCUGUAAUUGAUGGAAAGAACAUUAUUGCUGGUGAUAUUCUUAUUGGCUUGCCAUCUAGUGGAGUUCAUUCUAAUGGCUUCUCACUUGUAAGAAGUGUGCUUGAACAAAGUGGUCUAUCAUUGAAAGGUAAACUUCCGGGUGGCGAUAUUACAAUUGCAGAAGCUUUAAUGGCACCAACUGUUAUUUAUGUUAAACAGGUGCUUGACUUAGUUAGCAAAGGAGGGGUGAAGGGAAUUGCCCAUAUCACAGGUGGUGGUUUAACAGAAAACAUACCCCGUGUUUUUCCAGAAGGCCUUGGUGCCCUUAUAUACAAAGACUCAUGGGAAGUCCCUAUAGUGUUCAAAUGGCUUCAGGAGGCUGGGAACAUACAAGACUCCGAGAUGAGACGAACAUUUAAUAUGGGCAUAGGGAUGGUCCUGGUAGUUAGUUCGGAGGCAGCUAAUAGAAUACUUGAUGAUGUUGAAAAAGCUUAUCGCAUUGGUGAAGUUAUAAGCGACAACGACAAGGGAAUUACCUAUGGUUAAUUUUGGUUUUUUCAGUCAUGUUUUAACUCCUAAUACUCCCUCCGUUUUUUUUUUUUUAAGUGUCGUUUUUUGUCGGAUUUAUCUUUCUAUUUAAUUGUCGCUUUUGUAUUUUAAGGUUACGAUUUGUCAAUUAAAUUCUUUAUCAACUACUUUUAUCUUUUUCAAUAAAACUAGUUCAUGCUA